AUGGGUAAGCGCCGGCGAACGGAAAUAGCCGAGAUCGCCGACCCGGCGGCCCGGCUCGUGACCUACUCCAAGAGGCGCAAGGGCCUCUUCAAUAAGGCCUCCCAGCUCUGCCGCCUCUGCGGCGCUCGCGCCGCCGUCCUUGUCUUCUCCCCCUCCGGCAAGCCCUGCUCUUUCGGCGACCCAUCGGCCGAUGAGAUUAUCGGCGACUACCUACGCCACGGCGACUGCGACGGCGACGUGACCCCGCCGAUGAGCCUGACCCAGUGGGCGGACUGGAUGGAAACGGAGUGGGAGGCUUGCGCAACCGAGGAGGACCUCGAGUCCCUGAUCUUGAAGUACGAAGCCGUCCGCGACUGCGCGCGCGAUAAAUUGAAAUCUUUGGAGGAGGAAGCAUCCCAAGUCGGGGUCGGUGGCGGCGAAUCUCGCAUUCUGAGCGCGGAGGAGAUUGAUGCGCUUUUCGAGGGUUUAGGCCAAUGGCCAGCGCUCUCAGAUCUCUUGACGGACGGCGACGGCGACGGCAACGGCGGCGGCGACUGUCUCUUGAUUCCGCCCGAGAACUCGGCCGGCGGCGGCGGAAUUUCCGCAGUGGAGUCCACCCCGGCGCUCUCCGAUCUCGAGGGUCACACAUCUGAUGCUGCCGGCGGUGGAAGUUUUGGAGCGGCGUCGACCCCCACGAGCUCCGAUCUUGAGGAUCAUGGGUUUGAUCCGGACGAGUUGCUGAAUCUAUCGGAGGACGGCGACCUUGAGGAUAAUGCGUUUGACCCGGAUGGGUUCCUGAAUCUGUUGGAGGACGGCGAGGUGGACGGCGGCCGGAAAGGUCCCUUGAUUUCGCCGGAGGACUCAGCUGUCGGCGGUGGAUACGAUGCCGACGACUUCUUUGGACUUGGAGAUCUGGAUGUCCUGCUGUGA